AUGCGCCUUCGCAGGAAUAACUGGCAAAGUGGUUGGUGUACGAUCAAUCCUGGUGUUGUCUAUGUUUGGCCAUUGGACAAACCUAUCAAUGCAGAGAAUCGCCUUACGAUACCGCGGGCGUAUCGACCAACAAGCACGACGUCUCUUGACGGCGCACUACAAGGCGAUCGAAUGGUGUGGGAACUGCAAUCCGGCAAACAAACGAUACAAUUCGCCCAUUUCGACCCGCUCGCCUGCAGAGGGCUUUUUACAGCGUACCGUCUAACCAGCUUUCAGCAGGUUGCCAGACUGGCACUGAACUUUCAAAUUACUUUCCAGAUAUCCGACUUGCUAUCGAGCGUCCAACGCGAUCAGCGCUGCAAGAGUUCGAUCAGCGGCGAUCCUUGCGAUACGAUGGCCGUCGCCUAG